UGAAAGCUAGUUUAUCCCUCUUUUCCUUCGCUAUGAAAAAUAUUUGGACGAACUAGACCAGCGACUACCAGCCCUAGUUAAUUAGCCUAGAUAAUUAUGAGGCUGGAUCACAUUAUUUGUUGAAGGGACCAAGACCGGAGUGCGAAGUGGGCUGCGACUGAUUUAUCACCCCGGGAUUAUACUUGCCAGGGCCGUCCUCCGAGCUGCUGGGAUAACUUUGGAGAAGUUCUUUGUAUUCGGGAGAGUCAGGCAGCUUGGCCAACAAGCUGAACAUGGACUGGGGCACAGAGCUUUGGGACCAAUAUGACAUCAUUGAGAAGCACACACAGUCUGGUCUGGAGCUGGUGGAGAAGUAUGUGAAAUUUGUGAAGGAGAGGACAGAGAUUGAGCAAAACUAUGCCAAACAGCUGAGGAACCUGUCCAAGAAAUAUAACCUAAAACGAAGCAGCAAAGAUGAGCCAGAGUGCAGGUUGUCCAGCUACCAGUCUUUUUUGGACAUCCUGAAUGAGAUGAACGACUACGCAGGGCAGAGGGAGCUAAUCGCUGAGAACAUGAUGAUGAGCAUUUGCAUCGAUCUCACCAAGUACCUGCAAGAGCUCAAGCAGGAACGAAAGAUGUAUCUGAUGGAGGCCAAGAAGGCCCAGCAGAGUUUGGAGAGCACCUACAAGCAGCUCGACAGUAGUAAAAAGCGCUUUGAGAGGGAAUGGAGAGAAGCGGAGCGUGCAGCUCAGUACGCGGAGAAGACCGAUCAAGACAUCAAUGCCACAAAGGCGGAUGUUGAAAAAGCCAAACAGCAGGCUCAUAUGAGAGCACAUGUAGCAGAGGAAUGUAAGAAUGACUACGCAGCUCAGCUUCAGAAGUACAACAAGGAGCAGAACCAGUUCUAUUUCAAUGAUAUGCCACUCAUUUUCAAUAAAAUGCAGGAUCUGGACGAGAGGCGAGUACAGAAGUUGGCGCAAGGCUACAUCUUGUUCUCAGACACAGAGAAGCAUGUGAUGCCUAUCAUUGGCAAGUGCCUGGAAGGCAUUACUAAAGCCGGCACUAAUGUUAAUGAGAGGAAUGACUCCAUGGUCGUAAUAGAGCAGAACAAGUCAGGCUUUGAACGUCCUGGAGAUGUGGAGUUUGAGGACUACAGUCAGGGAAUCAACCGAGCCUCAUCUGACAGUAGCCUGGGCACGCCUAAAGGCCCCAUGGACCUUCUGGGAAAGAACAAGAGCAAAAACUUUUGGCUUUUCAGCAAAAGGAGUAAGCUCUCUCCCUCCACGCUCCCACCUUUCUCCACACCCCCUGCCCCCUCGCCCGCUAACGGACCCCCUUCCCCCAAGUUUGGCCGGGACCCCCUGUCGUACUGUUUGAAGGAGAUCAAUAAGACAGUCAAACCCAGAAUCUCUUCCUUCCGGACGCUCAGGAGAUCGCCCACGGUGACAGAGGACUUCGCCCAUCUUCCACCAGAGCAGCGCAGGAAGCGGUUACAGCAAAAACUAGAGGAAAUUUGCAAAGAGCUGCAAAAGGAAGUAGAUCAGAGCGAGGCCUUGGGGAAAAUGAAAGAUGUUUAUGAGAAAAAUCCUCAAAUGGGAGACCCUGCUAGUUUGGCAUCCCAGAUCAGCCAGACAUCCCAAAACAUAGAGCGACUCCGAGGAGAGCUCAACAAGUAUGAGACUUGGCUGGCUGAGGCAGGAGGUCGAGGGGACACACUGCGCUACAAAACCCACACAUUCAACAACAACGGAGCUCAUGAUGUACACAGCCCUGAUGGAGCUCACUCGGAUGAAAGCACUCCUGAUCCCUCCCAGGCCAUCUACGCCGAGUUUGACGAUGACUUUGAGGAUGAGGAACUAACUGCUCCCAUUGGCAAAUGCACAGCCAUGUACAACUUCCCUGGUGCCAGUGAAGGGACCAUCUCUAUGCAGGAGGGGGAGGUGCUGGCCGUGGUGGAGGAGGACAAAGGGGAUGGCUGGACCCGUGUCCGUAGGAACAAUGGCGAUGAAGGCUACAUACCUACAUCUUAUGUCACCAUCUCUCUAAACAAAUGACAGGUGUGAGGAACAAGAGAAGAAGAAAUGAUCACCUCACCAGACUGUACGCAGUUCUUCCAAUGGACCAAUCUAAAAGAAGCCACAGCACUAUGGACGGGACCACUGGUGUGUCCAGACGGGGAUCCAAAUAAGGUGCUUUGAUUUCUUGAGAGAGGUGCCCCGAAUGGGCAGAGGAAUGGUGCUAACAGUAUGUUCCUCAUGGCUUACAUGACAUUGUUGCAACCCCAGUUACGGAAGACACCUAAACCACAAGGUUAUUUUACGUUUUGAGAUCAUGUCACAAUACGCUAUUUUGGUUUUGUUUAAAAAGUGUUGCGUGGAUCUUAGGCACCAUCACGGUACGAGCACUCGCCUCUUCCCACAGCCUAAUAAGGCAUUAUCUACCGAACAUGAAAGAGGAAGUAGAGAAGGAGGAGGAAGAUGAGUGCUGCUGCCAUCUUUACACUGAGAGUUAAUACCAGUAAUACUUAGGAGGAAAUUACCUCACCUGUUUACCUUUUAUCAGUCAAAAACUGACCCGCUCUGACCCAUGGCAGUCCACUCGACCGCUGCACCUAAAACACAAGACCUGAUGCAUUUCUCGUUUACUAGCACUUGUGAAGGUGUGUGGCGCCGUCAGUUUGCUCAUGGUUGGACUUGCGAUCUUGAGUGUGAGGUUUGGGUGAGAAAGCUUCACUUGUUGGUUUUCAGCAAUUUGUGACACCAAAGUUGUGGAGAGCUUUCGUCGUGGAAAAUCCCAUGCACACAACCGUACGAACACUUCCUGUUCAGACAAUCACAGCCAUAUCAUCAAGUUCAGUUUUAAACUUUAGCGAUAACAAGGAUAUAGCUGUUGUUUUCUAAUAGUUACAACCUGAAAAUUGUACUAAGAAUAAUUUAUUACAAAUGUGUACUAUAAAUACAAUGUUGACAGAAGUUGUACUUUGUAUUAAGGAUGUUCUCACGUUGUUCUUUUCCCCUUGCACACAGAGUGGACAGUCUGUAGCCACAAAAGGGAGUAAAUAAUGCACACAUAAGAUGUGCUACAUUCUUUAAGACUAUCGUAUUUAUGUAACAAAUAAUAUAUAUUUUAGCUAUCACAACGCCACUAUUGUCUUAUUAGCUUUUUAAGCAUUUAAAUAAAGAUUGUUACAUUGUGAGAGAGAACUAAAAUCUCUAAUUAUGUUGCUAAUAAUGUUUGGAUUUACUUCACACCUUCCGUUUUUUUAUGUUGUUAAUGGAGCCAGCAAGAAGCAGUAAAUGCUCAUGUGUCUUUGGUGCCUUUCUGGUUAAAAGCAUUGUGUAUAUACCAUUUCUGCAUGUAAGACAUUUUGUUUUUCAAGACUUAAUAAAUGUAAAACACAUUUCAAAUUU